AUUCAUCCAUCCCUCGCUAUUAUUGUCAACUGGAACGACUGCGAUCGCUUUCCUUCUUGAGCUCGUGCAGCAUCGGCUCUUAUCGAUCGUCGAAGUCUAUCUUGCGUCUUUACCACCAGCACCCACGAGAUAUGCAAGGCGAACAUCACCAACUGUGACGGAAGCGGUCCUAGGACGGGAUCUGUUUAGCCCCUCCAUUCAGCAACACUGAAGCUUGUCUAGGCCCCGCAGUUGCCUCAGUUCAAGUCGAGAGUAUUUUGCAUCGCUUGCUUCUCGGUCGCCCACAUAGCUCGUCAAUCCACACGGUCAUAGAUUCUUUGCGCAGAGUGGGACGCGGUCGAUCACAGCAAUCGGCACAGACAAGAUGGCGAUGAAUUUCGUGACGUUCAACCAGGACUAUAGCUAUCUGGCCGUCGCGACUUCCAAGGGAUUUCGUAUCUUCACCACUGAUCCUUUCGCGAAAAGCUAUGAGACGAAGGAAGGGAACAUUGCCAUAAUUGAGAUGCUUUUCUCGACAUCCCUGGUUGCGCUGAUUCUGUCACCACGUCGCCUCCAAAUAACUAAUACCAAGCGCCAGUCGACGAUAUGCGAGUUGACAUUCCCUACCACCGUGCUCGCGGUCAAGCUGAAUCGCAAAAGACUUGUGAUAGUUCUGGAGGAUCAGAUCUACCUCUACGAUAUUCAGACGAUGAAGCUAUUGUAUACCAUUGAGACUUCCCCGAAUCCAAAUGCAAUCUGUGCUCUAUCCCCCUCCUCUGACAAUUGCUACCUCGCGUAUCCCCUUCCCCAGAAGGCGCCACCCUCGUCGUUUACUCCUCCUUCUCAUGCGCCUCCCGGCACCACACAUAUUUCACCUACGAGUGGUGAAGUUCUGAUCUUCGACACUCUGAAGCUGGAAGCUAUCAACGUUAUCGAAGCGCAUCGAUCUCCACUGGCGUGUAUAACACUUAACAGCGACGGUACACUGAUCGCCACCGCUUCCGACAAAGGAACCAUCAUCCGAGUGUUUUCCGUCCCUGAUGGUCACAAGCUAUAUCAGUUCCGGCGCGGAUCGAUACCGUCUAGGAUCUACAGCAUGUCGUUCAAUACCACCUCAACACUUCUCUGCGUAUCUUCCUCCACCGAGACCAUUCACCUGUUCAAAUUGAGCCAGCAGUCUCAGUCAUCACACACCACUCCGUCAUCGUCUUCGCCCACUGUUGCGGACCGGAGAUAUAGCCAAAGCUCUUUUGGCCAGUCCUCGGAUCCGGACGAUGUUGGCGGAGAGUCGGGCUCUUCUGAGCUAGCCUCCAGGAAACAUAAUGGAACCUUAAUGGGAAUCAUCCGGCGCACCUCACAAAAUGUCGGCAGCUCGUUUGCCGCGAAGGUGGGCGGGUAUCUUCCCAAGGGUGUCAGUGAGAUGUGGGAGCCCGCUCGUGACUUUGCGUGGAUCAAACUGCCCAAAACCAAUCAAGGCCCCGGCGCCAACGGCAGCAAUGGUCUGCUUCGCAGUGUCGUUGCAAUGAGCACCAACACGCCCCAGGUGAUGGUGGUGACCAGUGACGGAAACUUUUACGUUUUCAGUAUCGAUCUCUCGAAAGGUGGUGAGGGAACGUUGACCAAGCAAUACUCUGUCCUCGACGCGAACGACCGAUUGGGAUACUCAGUCAUGGAUUACUGAAUUUGUCUUAGAUACCAUUCAUUUCGAUUCUUGCUCUCUUUGCCUUUUGCUUCGCUAAAUCAAGUCAGUCGUUUAAUGAGCCAGUCGCAUGUUGUUCUUUCUUUGAGCGUCUGCAUUUCAACCUCUGUGUGUCUGUGUCCCAACAUCAAGCCCGUCUACAUGUGCAAGUCACUAUCUCUUCGCUCCGUCCUUUUCUUGCUUCUUCUUUUCAGGUACUUAAUUAGGGUUCCCUUUGUCCAGACUUCCGAGGACUUAUUAUAUAUGUGACUUAUAAUUCACCUGUGGUUGUGGCUGUGGCUGUUGUCUCUUUUGAACUGCGCGCCGCGCAGAGUAAACUUCCCUGUUCCGGUGAAAUGAGGCUUUUGAUGGAGAUGUUUGGUGUGUAUGCAUCCUCGGGCUAUACUACAAGGUUUCUGUAACUUAGUUCGCCUUUUGGUUAGUUCUCUUCAUCUCUUGCUUUCUCGCUCGACUCAUUGUAUGCCUCUUC